CUGCGGCUCGGUGAAGGAAGAAAGGAGGAAGCGCAAGGGAUCGGGCAAGGAACACGGAGAAGUCCCCUGGUGCGGAGGCACAGGGCGCAAGAGAGAAAAGGGCCAGAGGCAGGGAGCCACGGGAAGGCAAGGGUAGCACCCUGAAGGCCAAGGGAAAGCCGGAGGGCGGGGAAGUAGAGGCACAAGCUGGCGUCCAUUCGGGCGGUCGGGGAAAAGGGACAGGGUGCAGGAAUUAGCGUGGGGCAGAAACAGGGUUAGACUUCGGCGGUCAGGAGAAGAGGACGGCGUGGAGACCUGGGCUGCACAGACAUUUAAUGCCUUCGACCGUGAGCUGCGUGAAGAAGUUUAAGACUUUCCUGAUCCUGUUUUUAACCCCUUUGCUCCUGCUGCCCGUCAUGGUGGUCUCCAAGUCCAAGCAGGCUGAUUGUGCCUACGUCAUCCUGCUCAUGGCUGUGUACUGGUGCACAGAGGUCAUCCCCCUGGCCGUGACAUCCCUCCUCCCUGCCUUGCUGUUCCCUUUGCUCAAAGUCCUGAACUCCCAGCAGGUUUGUAUCCAGUACAUGAAAGACACUACAGUCCUCUUCCUGGGGGGCCUGAUCGUGGCCGUGGCUGUGGAGCAUUGGAAUGUACACAAGAGGAUUGCCCUGCGCACCCUUCUCCUGAUUGGCGUCUCACCUGGCUUCCUAAUGCUGGGUUUCAUGUGUAUCACGGCCUUCCUGUCUAUGUGGAUCAGCAACACGGCCACAACAGCUAUGAUGGUGCCCAUCGUCGAGGCUGUGCUGGACCAGUUGAAGUUGACGGGCAAGGACAACACGUUUUACCCAUCCAGCAUAGAGCUCUUGGAUAAGGAUGAGCAAGAGCUCCAAGGCUGUGAGCCCUCUUCCCGCCUUGGACUAGCACCCUUGGCCUCAGUGAAAAGUGUGGUUCCCCAGGUCAAGAGCAGAGAGGCAAGAGAAAAAGAUAAAAAUAUAUGCAAGGUAUUGACACUGUGUGUGUGCUAUGCAGCAAGCAUCGGAGGCACAGGGACUCUGACUGGAACAGGACCCAACGUUGUGCUCUCAGGGCAGCUCAACACGUUGUUCCCUGAAGGCAAAGAUAUUGUCAAUUUUGCUUCCUGGUUUGCCUUUGCCUUCCCCAACGUGAUUGUGAUGCUCAUCAUUUCCUGGGUCUGGCUCCAGUGUGUGUUCCUGGGCACCAAUUUUAAAAGAAACUUGGGCAUUGGUACGGAGAAGACUGAGAAGGAGAAGGCAGCGUACCUGAUGUUGAAAGAGGAGUAUCAGAAGCUGGGCCCCCUCUCCUACGCAGAGAUCAGCGUGCUCACCAACUUCCUGCUCCUGAUCAUUCUGUGGUUUUUUCGUGAUCCUGGCUUCAUUCCUGGCUGGCAAUCGCUUUACUGGGAGGAGAAUAAGAAGUAUGUGUCAGAUGGCACUGUGGCAGUGUUUGCGGCCAUCCUGAUGUUCAUCCUUCCUUCCCAGAAGCUCAAGUUCAAUUUCCGAAGCCAGACUGAAGAAGAGUGGAAAGCCCCAUUCUACCCACCACCCCUGUUGACCUGGAAGGUGGCCCAGGAGAAAGUUCCCUGGGGCAUUCUGCUGCUCCUAGGGGGUGGCUUUGCCUUGGCUAAAGGAUGUGAGGUCUCAGGGUUGUCAGAGUGGAUGGGACAGCAGAUGGAGCCCCUGAAGAACUUCUCCCCACCAGUCCUGGUCCUGUGCCUCACAAUCUUAGUUGCCUGCAUCACCGAGUACACCAGCAACAUCGCCACUGCGACCCUCUUCCUGCCCAUCUUUGCCUCCAUGUCCCAGAAAAUUAACCUCAACCCCCUGUAUGUCAUGCUUCCCUGCACUCUGAGUUCAUCCUUUGCCUUCAUGCUGCCUGUGGCCACGCCACCGAAUGCCAUCGUGUUCUCUUAUGGCCACCUCAAGGUUGCUGACAUGGUGAAAACAGGCUUCGUGAUGAACAUAAUUGGCUUGAUUGGUAUCUCUCUAGCCAUCAACACCUGGGGACGUCUCUUAUUUGACCUGGAUGAAUUUCCAAGCUGGGCGAAUGCCACACAAAUCAGCACUAGCAACUAAAGGUUGAGCUGGCCAGCUGCUGU